CUAGUGAAAACCCUGAACGAGGAAAUUCAACAAAGCUUCACGCUCCCACUCGCUCCAGUUCAAGGCCCCUACGUGAUCUUAACAAGGCGUGAACAUAAAGGGCCUCCGUCCUCACGUAAACAGACCUGCAUUUGUAUAUUUUUUUAUCUGAACUCUCUCACCUUCGAAGUGAAUAUCUAAUCGAACUGUCAACUGACUAUUUUUUUUUUGAUCAGUGUGAUAUCACAAUACGAUUGAAUGAAUAGUGUUUACUGAAGAUGAAAUCUCGAGACCGUCGUGCGAAACCCAAGCACGAGAAAAAGAGCGGGAAACAGGAGACUAAGGGCGGAAUAGUAACCGCAUCUGGUCAGGGCCGAGUGCGCGCCAAGAGGUCCGGGGCGGAGGCUGUGAAGCUGCACAUCCAGUCGUCCGGCAGCACGGGCAGGACGUCCAGGUCUGCCACGGCGGUUCGCAAAACAAGCGCCAGAAUGACGGCGAUAAAGGAAUAUCCCUUCGACCUAAGUGAUCUACAGAAUCAGACUAACGAAAAUAAAGAAGAGAAAAACUCGACACUUGUGCCUACACAGACGUCGUUAGAGGCAGAUGCUCCCACCGCGCUACCCCAGAACAUCGCCAAAGCCCAGACCCCGGACGGGAAGAGAAAAGUCUCCAUAAUGGCCGAUGAAGGCAGUAAAGACAGAGAAAAUAUUACAACAGACAGGAAUGGACGGGUUACAAGUACAGCAGAAGGGCCUUCGCGCCGCAAGAGCAAUCUACACAAUGCAAUGGCGGCAGAAAUGGACUCAUCAUGGGACCGACCGGCGCAUAUAGAAGGCAGAUAUAAGAAGUAUUCAACAACAUCCUCAAUUUAUUCCAAGAAAGCUCUGUCACAGCAAAGUGAGCACGUCGAAAGGUCCUGGUGGUACGCUUGUUGUCAAAAGUGUCAUCAAGAAGAAUCCGGAAUUCCUUCUUGGGAACCACCUCAUUGGCAGAAGUUAUGCCCUUACCCACUAUGCCCGUCAUACAGGACUUUCGCCCAAACCCUAUCAGUAUUACUAAUCGGUUUGCUUGCAUGGCUGACUGUAUGGAUCAUCAUGGGAGACACCGCAGCCCCUGGCGGCCAGUUGUUCAUGCUCACAGUGCUAACAAUCUGCGCGUACUUAGGAGGAUGGUUGUUGACCAAACUCACGACACUGCCAUCUCUCAUAGGCAUGCUCGUAGUCGGAAUUUUAAUGAAAAAUAUUGGCUUUGUUGACUUUGAUCCAUCCUACCAAAAAGUCUGUUCAUAUAUAAGAAAAAUAGCUUUGACAAUUAUUUUAACCAGAGCUGGGAUGGAUUUGGAUCCUACGGCUAUGAAAAAAGUUUUCUUUACUGUGAUUAAGCUGGCUUUGAUUCCAUGGUUGUUCGAAUGUAUUUUGAGUGCUAUAAUGGGCAAUCUGCUGCUUGGUUUACCAUGGGAUUGGGCAUUUUUACUGGGCUCCAUAAUCGCAGCCGUGUCUCCUGCUGUCAUCGUCCCCUGCUUAUUCCGGCUACGUGAGAAGGGCUAUGGCGUCUCGAAGGGUAUUCCCACCUUGGUGCUAGCUGUUUCGGGUAUUGACGAUGCUGCCAGUGUUGCUGUGUUUGGAAUCGUGUCAGGUGUUAUGUUUUCCGCUUCAUCGAUGACCCUGAAUAUUGUGAAGGGACCUCUGAGUAUUCUGGGCGGGAUAGUAUUUGGCUUCCUGUGCGGAUAUCUAGUAAAGUAUAUACCGGAGAGGAAUGACGCGUUCUUGGUGCCGUUGCGGGUGCUGUUGCUGUUGGCCGGCGGCGUGGUGUCGGUGCUGGGCUCCGAGGAGGUCGGCUGGGGAGGCGCUGGGCCACUUGCAGUGAUUGCCUUCGCCUUUAUGGCUGGUAAGAACUGGAGUGAACAGGGAUGGGAAAUAGACGACAAUCCGGUCGCCACUGCCUUCGAAAUAUUCUGGAUGUUCUUUGAGCCUAUGCUGUUUGCUGUGACCGGUGCCCAGGUCGUGAUAGCCGAGCUACCAUUACAGCUGGUAUUAGUGGGCAGUGGGAUUCUGGUAGUGUGUGCGAUACUGCGUGCCAUCCUCACUAGCGUGUGUGCGGUGCGCAGCAACUUGAACACCAAGGAAAAGAUCUUCGUGGGACUGGCGUGGAUGGCCAAAGCAACUGUACAGGCUGCCUUAGGUCCUGUAGCUGUCGACGAAGUGGGUAAGAUGUUGAAUGUGACCGACGAGAAGCGGGCUGAGCUAAUGAACUACGCCGAGAUCGUGGUCACAGUAUGCAUCAUGUCCAUUGUAAUCACCGCACCCAUCGGAGCCAUUAUCAUUACGCUCACUGGACCCCGAUUGCUGUCCAAGACGUCCAAACCACCUGUACUCGAAGGUUGGCGGCGGUCCCACCGGCCUUCCAUCCGAGACAUCUCCAUCAUCGACGAGGAAGAGCUGGCGGAGCGCGACGCAGAGGCGGACGAGCCAGCCGCGCCGCCCGAUAGCCCAGACCCGGCGUCGCCCGCCGCUGCCUACAGCACGCCCAAACCCAUCACCGUCCAACCCAACCACCGCACGUGAUCGUAACAGGUUGUCCUCAUUCAGAAAAAGUGGCGCGCUACGACGCGACACGGUAGCUAAUAAAUGGAUGUAUGUCAUGAUUAUGCGUGAUACAGUGUCCUUUAUAAUCUAAUAGUACGUACACAGCCAUGUACUGUACGACCAUACAUUUAUUAUUUUCGCAUCACGCCACUUUAUCUCAGUGAGAACGCGGGGUUAAGGUCGCGUGCAGUUCCGGUUGUGUAGGUUCCUUCCACCGAUUAUAUCGAACAUCCCAUGGUAUUUAAAAUCAGUUAUGUCUUUCUGGUCUAGGCUCUACACAUCAAGAUAUCGUGCUUUUUUUAUUUUAUCAUGUACUUACUUUCCUUUUAUAUGAUGGACCUAUUUAAUGGGAAAAUAAUACACAAGUACUUUUAUUGUAAAAUUAUAUAUAGCCAUCAUCAAGCAUACCUGACUUUGAACCAUAUUGUUUGUAACUUAUAAGUUAAUUCCGGUGGGUUAGUUUAGUAAGUAAAUCUUAUACGAAUGGCAUAAAAGUCUGCCAUACUCUUCUAUACCCGUCCAGUACACUUACAUUCAUCUGUUUUCAUUGAAUCUACAAUAUUUUUCAUCAAGCGAUUGAUCGCAAAUAAUUACAUUGAUCACUCACAUUCUUUUGUAUCAGUAUAAAAAAUACCUAGCGACAGUUCACUUCUAGGUCCCAAUUUUUGAUUUAAAACAAUUUUAAGAUAAUAAAUCCUAUUUAUUAAGUACUUGCAUACUACAUGGUAUACUAUUUUAUUUUAUGUUGUCACCACCAGUAAAACAUUUUAAGAGAAUCACAUAAGUAAAAUUGUAUAUAAUAAAUGUAAUUAGAGAAUUAGAUAAAUAGUGAUAAGAUCAUGUGAUAAACAGUAUAGGUACUUAAAUAGGUAAAUUAGUAGCAUCCCAUGCAUUUUAUUAAAAAAAUAUAUUCUACUAAUAUAUUUAAAUGUUAUUUAAGUAAUUGUAAAAAAAUCCCAGUUCAUUAUUUGUUAAACUAAAUUUCAGCAAAACUUUGGUAAAACUAUUCUAAAAAAGUAAUGUACUUAUUUAUAUUCUAAUGUGGGCGAUUAUAUUUUCUAAAAACAAUUGAUGUUGGUACAAAUCAUUACAAUUUAAAUACCUAUUUAAAAAAAUAUUUUUGUAACACUAUACCAGUCCAAAUAUAAGAUUGCACGUUUACACUUUAAGAUUAAGAAAAUAUAAUUAUGUAGAUGUAGGCGGCAAAUGUAAUGUGUUCAGUAUUAUGCACGCAUCUCACGAUGCAGUCGCCAAUUUAUUUGAAUAGAACCCAGUGUUUUAUAACAUUUUCGAUUUCAUAAAUACUAAACAUGAGUAUUCUAUUCUUAUUUUUGUUAAAAUAAUACUUAUUGAAAUUGUUACAUGCGUAUACUUGUACUAUUUAUGAUAUUUAUACUUAUAUUGUGCUAGUACUUACCCUUUUAUGGCACAAACAAAAUGCAUUCGUAAACUUAACACUUUUGUUAUGUAAACUAAAUUAUUAACUCAUUUAUUACCCAAUUUAUCUAUUAUUUUUAUAGACAUUGUCGUUGGAGUAAAUAAUUAUUUUUGUUAAAUAUAAUUAUUAAAAAAAUAUGCUUAAAAGUAUCAUUGUAUCGUACUCAAAUCCAAAUUCUCUUUGGCCCAGUCAUUGUAAAAAUAUUUAAUUAAUAAAUAAGUACUUAUUACAUCUUUAAUCAAACAACUUUAGUAUGUAAUUUAUAGGUACUUAUUAUGUAUCUUGGUUGUGCACUACGAUGAGUACUUAUAAUAGAAAUAUUUAGGCAAUGGUGCUGACUUGUAACUAUUUUUGAAUCAAUUACUGGACCAAGUAUUUCUAUUAACGGCAGGUUAUUUUUUGUCAAUAUUAUGUUUAUAUAAAUGUGUACAUACUUGUUACCGAUGAGCAAUAAAUGUUUACUAAGUAUUAGUAUUUAA